CAUGGAUGUGGGAGGAACCGGAAAUGUCAGUUUCAGGAAAACACUGACGGGAAUUUUUGGACUACAUACUGAAGUGUACUGAAUAAUCUGUGGAAAAUGAGCCGUAUUUAUCAUAACACAUCUUUAAAAAACAAACCAGUGCACAAUGAGAAAUAUGACAGUGUGUGGUUACCCGGCUCUCAUGAAAGUGGUCCUGGAGUGAUUGUUGAAGGAAUCCUUAUUGAUGUUUCAAGACAUGUGCUGACUGAUGUCAACAAUCAGAAGGUUCGUUACCACAUACUGUAUAUCAAACCUAAACGCGUCCAUCGAAGGAAGUAUGACUCAAGUGGGAAGGAGAUUGAACCAAACUUCAGUGACACCAGAAAGGUCAACACAGGCUUCCUCAUGUCCUCCUACAAAGUGGAAGCUAAAGGGGAGUCAGACAUACUGUCAGAGGAGCAGCUGUCAGCACUGAUACGUAAAGCCGAGCUGGUGAAAAUAACUGACAAGUACAGACCCGACGGCACAUGGGCCUUCUGGUACCCUGAAUGUGAGAUGGACAAAACAGAGCUGGAGACUGAAACAGACAUUCGGCUGAAGACGAGAGGAAACAGCCCCUUUAUAUUCUCCUUAGCUAAAGUAGAGGAUGGCACAGUGUCCAAAUGUAACUUUGCUGGAGAUGAGAAGACCGGAGCAUCGUGGACAGACAAGAUUAUGGCCAACAAGGCCGUAGCAGAUUACGCCCAGAAGCCUGGAGGUGAAGGAGAGGGAUCGCAGGAAGAUGAAUGGGAUGACUAAAGAGAAGAUUGUAGACUCGAGCUCUUGGCCCAUCUCCAGAUUAAACUUCAGUUCGAUGUCUUGGAUCAGAUUGCUUCGGUUCCCCCACCAGAAACCAAAUUUGUUGCACGCGUGGCCUUGGCUUGAAUCGUUCCUUUGCACUUACAAAGUGAGAGUGAUUUUUUUCUCUCUGAGUAAAACCGACAAGAUCUGCUUUUGAUUUGGUCACCUAGACAAGCUCUGUUAUUUGACUUGCUCUGCUUCUUUCGUGCAUAUUUGGUCACAUUACGUUGGUUAAAUUCCACCAUCGAAUUGUGCAUCGUUUUCCUCUUCUAUUAACACUUCCAAAUACAUACAUGACUUCAGACUUCAAAUUUUCCACGGCCAAAACUGUUGGCCGCAUCAAUGGCACAAAAGUCUUAAAUAAGAUAGUGGCCAUCAAUUUAUCCACCCGUUGCCAUCAGUGUGCGCGAUCCGUUAAUGAAAGUAGUUUAUAUGUUUAUUUUCCUUGUCCGAUAACUGAAAUAGAAAAUAAUGUUAUUUGUCUAUCAUUGGUUAUUCAUAUUUUUACUUCCAUUGAACACAUGUGGCUGAUUUACUGUAUAACAGAAAGUUAUAACGCAAUAGUGAUUAGCAGUAAGGGUAAAUAUUAAGAGCAAAAUAUUCUCACGUCAAUUUUGUCUCCUCAGUUACAUGAGUGAAACUACACUCUUUAAAUCCUUUACAAAUACAGUAAAAUACAACUUUAUAGUAAAUACAGCACAUUUGACAACAGCUGCAAAGUGCUUGCCACAGUGAAAAUAGGAAAAACAAACAGCGUGAUUGCAAAUGAUCUGUUUGGUAUGUACGUAUGAACUAACUCUAUUUUCAGAACACUAACUUGAAUUCGACUUUGUCAGCUUAGUUCGUGAUUUAUUGUCGUAAAGGGGCAGAAUGUAAAAUAAAUUGACAUGCGAUACUCA